AUGUACCACACAUCGAAUCCCGAGCCAGACACUGCCAUUGACCGGACCGUGCCCGAGUUCCCAGUUGCUCAGCUCUCUGACGAAGACAAAUACUUUAACUCGUACAAGCCUCCCAGCUAUCUUCCUCGUAUAGAGGACGAAGUUCGUUCGUUCAUUGAGUUUCAUGCUACCACAUCCGGAAAGCCCAUUGCGCUAGUUACCUCGGGUGGAACUACCGUGCCAUUGGAAAACAACACCGUCAGAUUUAUCGACAACUUCAGUGCCGGUACCAGAGGUGCCACUUCGGCAGAGAACUUUCUUGAAAACGGCUAUGCCGUGAUCUUCUUGCACAGAGAAUUCUCCCUCCUUCCUUACUCAAGACACUACAGUCACACCACCAAUUGCUUCUUGGACUACAUGACCGAAGCCAACGACAAGAUCGAGAUUAAGCCCAACUACGCCGAAAAGAUGUUGAAGGUGUUGCGUAAGUACAAGGACGCCAAGGAAUCCAGAUCGUUGCUUUUGAUCCCGUUUACGACUGUCAACCAGUACCUUUUCACCUUGAAGUCGGUGUCUGAGUUAUUGCAUAGAGUCGAGUCCAAGGCAUUAUUCUACUUGGCGGCCGCAGUUAGUGACUUCUUUUUGCCUCAAUCCAGAACUCCUCAGCACAAAAUCCAAUCCCAAGACGGAGGAGGAAAGCUCGUGGUUGAUUUGGAACAAGUCCCCAAGUUUUUGAGUAGAUUGGUUGAGAAUUGGGCUCCAUCUGCUAUGAUCAUUUCGUUCAAAUUGGAGACCGAUGACUCCAUCUUAAUCAAAAAGGCCAAAACUGCUUUGCAACGUUACCAGCACCAGUUGGUGAUUGGAAAUCUUUUGCAAACUAGAAAGAAGGAGGUGGUUUUUGUUAACUCGAAGGGUGAAGAAAAAUGGAUCAGAUUGACUCCAGAACAAGUCGAAGAGAACCUCGAAAUCGAAAGUUUGAUAAUACCUGAAGUGGUUCAAGUUCACAACCAGUGGAUAAACAGAAAAUAA